GAAUAACCCCAUGACUCUUCCGUGACGAAAUAUUUUCUGAUUAGCUCAGAUUAGUUAUCAGCGAUGGGCAAUUCUGCAGCCCGUCCACAAGCACGACGAAUAAUGACAUCUGUGGGAAGCCCUGUGGUGAUUGCAGCUACGGCCAGACACACAGCGACUCUUAUAUUUUUUCAUGGAUUGGGUGAUACUGGACAUGGCUGGGCCACUUCGUUGAGUGCAGUACGAUUACCUCAUAUUAAAGUUAUUUGUCCAACGGCACCAAUAAUGCCAGUGACGUUAAAUGCAGGAUUUAGAAUGCCUUCUUGGUUUGACUUACGAACUUUGGAACCAAAUGGAGUUGAGGAUGAAGAGGGUAUACGCAAAGCUGCGGAAAUGGUGCACUCUUUAAUUGCAGAAGAAGUUGCAGCAGGAAUACCUACAAAACGCAUUGUUAUUGGUGGUUUUAGUCAGGGUGGUGCCCUUGCUAUAUAUAGCGCUCUUACAUUUCCAGAGCCUUUAGCUGGUAUUAUAGCUUUAUCUUGUUGGGUUCCUCUGCAUCGAAAGUUUCCUGAUGAAGCAAUAGGAAAUAGAAACACUCCAUUGCUACAAUGUCACGGUAAUUGUGAUCCAAUAGUACCGUACAGGUGGGGCCAGAUAACCGCGACCUAUCUCAAGGGAUUCAUGACACAAGCAGAAUUUGUAACAUACAGAGGAAUGAUGCAUGCUUCCAGUGAUGAGGAAAUGCGCGACAUGAAGGCCUUCAUCGAAAAAGUUUUGAAGCCGUAAUAGUUCUAUUAAAUACAAUAUUUUAAUCGUUAAACUUAUUAUCUUAUUGUUCUUUAUUCGAUUAAUUACUUCCAACUUUACUGCUACUUAAGUCUAGUGCUUGGUGAAGAAGUAAAGACAGCAGUAGAUGAAGUGUUAAAAUUCUAAUGGAUAAAACAGUAUCCAUAAUGAAUCAUUAUUUGCGGUAAAUAUUUAUGUUUAUUCAACUGAUUUUUCGUCGUUUUAAGAUACCAAAGUCGCUACCGUAAUAUGUCCAGUCUCUGAUUUUACAAUCAACGUAAAUAAUCAUCGGUAUUUCUUCCUCUAAUUCUAAAUGUUCUAGUGUUCUUGAAAGAUAAUAACAAUCGAAGACAACAAAUUAUUUUACAUAUCUUGUAUCAAAUUUUUGUUGCGUUCAACUGUUCGUGUAAACAGAAUAAGAUGAAUUUCAAAUUGAAAAUCUUCAAAAAAAAUAAUUAUUUUGAUUCAUUUCCGAAUAAAAUUAUUAUUUCAUAGUAAAGGCUAUAAUUUAUCUGGGUUUAGUUAAUUAAUUUAUAUGUCAGGAUAAUUGUAAGCAUUUAGAUAUUCUUUAUAAUACUUCCAUUUUAUAUAAGUUACAUAUAAAUAUAUAUAUAAUGUAAAAUUUAUGAAAUACUGACUUUUGUAGAAAUGUUGUCUAGGAGACAGUAAUAUGGCCAUGUAAUUUGUGGUUAUAAAAUAUAGUUUUGAAAUCAACAAAUUCGAUAAUUUUUAGUAAAUUACAUAUUUGCGUAUGAUAAUCGCAGAGAUGUGUACAUCAGAUAUGAUAACAUUGACACUUAUAUAAGUACAGAAGUAUUAUCUUUACAGUACUUAUUUUAUGCUUACAGAAAUGGUACUACUAUGAACAAGAGAAAUUGCGGUUAUCAUUAUUUAUAAACCAAGUAUCCAAUUGAAAAGCAAUACUAGGUGCAUAAUGCAACAUAAAAAUAAUCACUCAUUAUGCGAAUACUUUAUUUGGUAUUUUGUAUAGAGGUAUGUUAUCAUACAAGCAUCGGGAUCGUUUAGUCAAUUUCCCUAAAGUAAUACAUGUUAUCGAAGUAAAAUCGUUACUUUCUGUAUUUCCUUUAAUCUUUAAUCUUCAUAAUCAAAAAUUAUAGUGGCUAUGAUCAGCUAGUGUUGCUAUCACAGAAUAGUAAAUUUCUUAAUGUUAUUGUAAACAAUAUGAUAAUUCAAUGAUUAAAGUUCAGUCAAGCGAUUUACUGCUUUGUGGAGAACAAUGGAGAACACAAGGUAGCAUCGAAUAUUUUUAAGAUUACGAGUAUUUUGUACCUUCAUUAUUUACCCCUGUUCUUAAUUUAUUGUAAAUGAUCAUGUUACUGUAUGAAUAAAAUUUUUUUGUUAUCAGUUUCA